AUGGAGAAAAUCAUCUACGACUUCUACUCUGAUCUCUUCGACAGCCGUGCCCACUUGCCUCCUCACCAUCUGAGGGAAGAUGGACAUGUCAUUCCAGCGGUUCUCCCGUCCGAAAUACGACAUGCUAUCAUGUCGGUGAGAAAUCGUACAGCAGCCGGUCCCGACAGAAUAAAACCAGAACACCUGAAGAACCUUCCGCCAGUACUCAUCAACACCCUGGCGAGGAUCUUCACACGUUACCUGUCGGAAUGCAAGGUCCCUAAACAGUGGAAGACCAGCAAGACCGUGUUGCUGUAUAAAAAGGAGAUCCACAUGACAUCGGCAACUAUCGCCCAAUCUGCUUACUGUCCGUCAUCUACAAGCUCUUCACAAGAGUGA